CUCUUCGAUGACGUCAGAGCGGACCUAGAGGACAUGUACUGGGCGUACGUCAAUAACGUCCCCGGAUUGGUGGGGUUCGGCCACGACGAACCGCUGGCACCGUCGUACGUGACUAUGACAUCUCCGAGCCAGACAACGCUUCCCACCGCGGCUUCAACCCGAGUGCAGACCCCAUCCCAGCAGCCACCGGCGAUUCCCGGACCAUCACAGACGCCUGAGGAGGCCUUACUGCGACCGAUGCCGCAGGAGCAGCCAGACCGCCUGGAGCACUUCCUCAGCGGGUACGGACUGCAAUCGGCCGAUGACGAGUGCUUCGCCUUCGUGAACGCGUCGUGGACCCUGUGGAAUUACUUGAUCCGGCUUGGCGCCGUAAGGAGGAGCGCCGAGUCACACGCCAGUGGUGAACGAGGGCGCAUUGCGGCGCUCGUGGUGGCGCCGCCGUCCACGCCACUCCCCACCCACGUCGACAACGGCGGGCUUCUCUUGGAUGAGGAAGACGGACCCUUCACCGGCCGCGAAGAAUGAAGGUCGUUCCCCGUGGAAUCACACUCAC